AUGGCAGGCUGGUAUCUCAUCCCCUCAGUCCUCAUACCGCUCAUCAUUGUCGGUGCUGUCGCAUCACGCUUUUUUGGCGCUGGCAAGAAGGGAGGAUACACUGGCAAGUAUGACCCAAAGACUGGUCUCGGACGCGGUGCCCCCGGGUUCCAGACUGGAGUGAAGCGCAUGGCAGUGACACCCGAGAUUGCGGCAAGGAUGCGAGCAGGAGAGCAAGUUUCGCAAGAAGAGAUUGAAGAGGCGCUCGCUAGGGCACAGUCGCAAAACGCAGGCAGUUCGACAGCUAUUCGGAAUCCUAAUGUCGACCAAGAUUGGCUGCCUCAAGGCGGCAGGAGCCCAGCUGGCAAUAAGAGCAACAAGAGGCGCUGA